AUGCUGAAAUGCCCCGACCUAACGCGAAUCGAAAAUUUGGCUGAUGCCUAUGACUUCGACGUGGUUGUUGACGAGAAGAAUGGAAACUCCACCAACGUUGAUGUCCUUCCACAUGCAGACGUAGUUGUCAGCAGUCUCACUAAGAUUUUCUCAGAAGACUGCAAAGUUAUGGGCGGGAGCGCUAUCUUGAGCCCCGAAGGAAAGUACUAUCAGCAAUUGAAGAGUGCUUUCGAAAAAGAUUACGAGGAUAACUAUUGGGCCGAGGACAUUAUGUUCAUGAAGCGCAAUAGCCGUGACUUUGCGACUCGGAUCAGGAAAUCAACGACAAUGCCGAAGUCAGACAUACAAUGCAAUAUUCCAGGAUGA